AUGAAGAUCUGCAUUUUCUUUACACUCCUAGGAACUGCUGCUGCUUUCCCCACUGAGGAUAAUGAUGACAGAAUUGUUGGGGGCUAUACUUGUCAGGAGCAUUCUGUUCCCUACCAGGUGUCACUGAAUGCUGGAUCUCACAUAUGUGGGGGAUCUCUCAUCACUGACCAAUGGGUACUGUCUGCUGCUCACUGCUAUCAUCCCCAACUACAGGUGCGUCUUGGAGAACAUAACAUUGAUGAAAUUGAAGGUGCAGAGCAGUUCAUUGAAGGAGCCAAGAUGAUUCCACAUCCUGAUUAUAAUUCAUGGACUUUUGAUAAUGACAUCAUGCUGAUUAAGUUGAAGUCACCAGCCACCCUCAACUCUAAAGUAUCUACUGUUUCUCUGCCACGGUCCUGUCCAUCGGCGGGUACUGAGUGCCUUGUGUCUGGCUGGGGCGUUCUGCAAAGUGGCUUCGAGAGUCCUUCUUCUGUUCUUCAGUGUCUGGAUGCUCCAGUCCUGUCUGAUUCUGUUUGUCACAAGGCCUACCCACUUCAGAUCACUAACAACAUGUUCUGUCUUGGCUUCCUGGAAGGUGGAAAGGACUCUUGCCAGUAUGACUCUGGUGGCCCUGUGGUCUGCAAUGGACAAGUCCAGGGUAUUGUUUCCUGGGGUGUCAGCUGUGCUUUGGAAGGGAAGCCUGGUGUCUACACCAAAGUCUGCAAUUACCUGAACUGGAUUAAUCAGACCAUUGCUGAAAACUAA